CGUUGUGCUGUAGAAUAUUAUUAUCAACAUGUUAUCGGAACAGUUCAAGACACUUUCAAAACAAACUAAACAUUUUCACAAAACUAUCAAAAUUAUUGCCGUUUGUUUCGCUUCGUUUUGUCUUUAGUGAGCACACAUAACCAACACCAACCACUUCGACUCGAUCUAAAUUUUUCAAAAGCACUGGACAAGCGGAGAAGCGCAAAAACUGCAUACUUUAUCGAAUAGACAAACCCAGAGAGACAAGACGAAAAAAACUCUCUGUUGCCAAACCCGAAACUAAUUCGAACGCGUUUAUGUAUGCAGUGGUGCGAUGCAUUUCUUUCUCGAAGAUUUUCUGCAAGCACAUCUACCUAAGAUUUAUGACAAAAUGCAGAGUUGCAACAAAAACAGCAGUAGCCGUAUCACCACCACCAACAACAACGUUACUACAACUAGCAACAUUAGCGGCAACAGCAGCAACAAGCGCUGCCCUCAGAAGUACACCGGCAACACCCUAGCCGUCAACAGUAACAUGCUGGCCUAUCAGCAGCAAGCCACCGCCGGUGGCAAGAACUCCACUCGGAAGAGUCGUCACAACAACAACAAGCAAAAUCAUCAGCAGCAACAACAACAACAGCAGCAGCAGUUUGAUCAUAUCCACAAGCGCAAUGGAACCGCUGGAGGCACCGGAUCCGAGUGCUCUCCCGCUGCACCCACAUCCAACUGGCUCCAACGGGGCUACGGACGACAGUUUGUCCAUUCUUCAUGCAUCGAAGACAAACUCCUAGGUCAUCACAAUCCGGGCCAUCGCAAUAGCACCAGCAGCGACGCGACCAGCGAGGAUAUAGACUCCAGUAGCGAGCUUCCAAACAAGUCGAAGGGAAAUUCAUGCGCCGGCAGCAUCCAUGCUUCAGGCGGCAGCAAGAGUCGCUCGAAGCGCCACCAAAAGCAGUCCGGCCAGCAGACUCGCAAUCCCGAUCACAAUGGCCAAAGGACCGGAGCAGCUACCCCCUGUACGGGCCAGAAAGCCAAGCAGGGGAAUGCCAAGUGGCGCCAGCAGCAACCCAAUCCCAGCAGCAACAACCAACAGCAGCAGAUGCAACAACAGAUGCAACAGCAGAAGCGCGGCAGGAACAAGAAGCCCGGGAAGUGGAGCAACAACAUCAUUGACAACCCAAACAGCAAUCACGGCGGCAGCAGUCAACAGAAGACUUGCGACAGCAGCUCCUCCUCUGCGCUGAGUUCGCCAACCAGUUCGGCCACCACAUCGGCCACCAGUUCGCCCACCAAUUCGCCCACCAGUUACCCCCGUGCCAAUGGAAAUCGGAAGCGGAUCGAAGCGGCACUGGAAUGGCGCCGGGAGCAAGAGCUUGGUCGCCAGAAUGCCAACUUCCUGGUUCCUCCUCUCCGCCAGUACGAGCAACUGGAGUUUGACGAUAAAACCGUGGUGCAGCAACUGCGUCGACACAUCAUAGAUAAUCAUCUGCUGAGGGUCUACGGCUUUCCCGUGGAUUCGGUGGUCCACGAAGGCGCCAUCGAAAUCUUCAAGUGCAUGCCGCACAUGAGUUUUGCAGCCGCGCUUGCGGAAACUGCUCAGGCCGUUACAGUGAUCAACUACCACGACGGACUGACCAACCGCGCCGAGGAGGAGGUGGCCAAUUCGACCGAUUCGGGCAACAGUUCACCCCAAUCCUUAGACUCCGAAUCAGGCGGCGAGUGGAGCGGCAGUGAAUGCGAGUCCUCGAACUCAUCGUCCUCCUCCGCCGGCGAAGCAGCGCUGGGUCUCGAGUUGAAGUACUGCCAUUUUGUGCCGGUGGAAAGGAGUCUGUCCAAGCCUUGUGCGCGCUGCAAGCGCCACUUUCUGGUUGACGAGCUGACGGGUCAGUAUUUGACCCAUGAGGAAUGCCAAUACCACUCAGGCAAGUACCAGCGGUACUACGAUGGCGUCAGCCACGGACGCUGGACGUGCUGCAACGAGGGCGAGGAAUCCUCGCCGGGAUGCUGCCUGGGCGACCGUCAUGUGUGGUCGGGAUCGGUGGUGGGGGUCAACGGGCCCUACUACGAUUUCGUUAGGACCGAGCACCGAGGAUCCGGCGAGGACGAGCCCGCCGUAUACGCCCUGGACUGCGAGAUGAGCUACACGGGUCGUGGUCUGGACGUGACCAAGGUCUCCCUGGUGGCACUCAACGGGCAAUUGGUUUAUGAGCAUUUCGUUCGGCCCGUGUGCGACAUAAUAGACUACAACACCCAGUAUUCGGGCAUUACGGAAACGGAUCUGUGUUCCGGAGCCAAGAGUCUGGCCGAGGUGCAAAGGGAUCUCCUCCAGCUGAUCACGGCGGACACCAUCCUUAUCGGACAUGGAUUGGAAAACGAUCUGCGAGCGCUACGCUUGGUUCACAACACCCUGAUCGACACCUCCAUUAGCUUCCCGCACUGCAAUGGGUUCCCCUACCGCCGGGCACUGCGUCACCUCACAAAGGUUCACCUGAAGCGUGACAUUCAAGCUGGCGACGGCACCACGGGACACAGCAGCUUCGAGGACUCGCGCGCCUGUAUGGAACUGAUGCUGUGGCGGGUCAACCGUGAGCUGGAUCCCGCUUGGAGCUGGGACGAUUAGAGGACUCGUUCGGGUGCGAAUCUGUGACAUUUGGGGUGGGGUGGGGCAUUGGGGGAUGGGCAGCAAGUACUUUUAGUUGUUAAGCCAGCUCGUAAUAGUACUGUAUUCAAAAAGAAAAACACAAUCGUAAAAUCUCAGCUGGGUAUCUCUCCUGGCAAUCGGUUUCUAUAGCACAGACUAACUGAUUUAUCUCGGUUAAACGUAUAGGUGCCCAUUGCCAGGGGUUGGGUCAGCAUAUACAUAUACAUAUAGAAUAUAUCAAGUAAAUCGCAAAAUUGAAAUGACAAAAAUGGCAAAAGGAAGCAAGCGAAGGAGGAGGAGGACAAGCCCAUAAUUAUAUGCGGUACAUAAGGCACAUUUUGUAAGCGUAUAUUUAUAGAUAAAUAUUACUUUAAUCUACAUAUGUAUAUACACAUAUUGUUUUUUUUUUUUCUUGAUUAAUUUCGAGCCACGAGAAAAUGUACUGAAGUUUUAACUGUGAUGUUUUUUCACUUUCUCACAUAUUUACACGACAAACGGAAAUGAAAAGUAAAAGCUUAAAAAAAAGAAUAGAAAAUACAAAAAUAUAUACAUACAUGCCCGCGCACAUUAUUUUGUUAAGAAACGCUAAAGAAAGGCAAUCCAAAUAAUUUUAAUUUUGACCAAAACUUUCAACUAAAAUCACUCCAUUUAUCUUCAUUUACCAUCAGGUUUCGUUUCGUUUCGUUUUUGUACCUUCCCAAUCAUUUCUUUUAUUUUUUUUAACGAAUAAAGCAUCUCAUACUCGUAUACAAAAGAAAACGAAGAAAAGUAAAGUUUAACUUGAACUAGUUUAUACACUAUGCAUAAUCGUAAGUUAGGUUAACCUAAUGUUUUCUGCAAACGUUUUGAUUAUUUAUUUAACGAAUCACGCGACAAGUUCAUUGAAAAUUUAUUCAAGUGUAUAAUUUUCCACAUUGAACUCCAUUUUAGGCUAAGAAAUACUUUUAAUUUUCUCUCCAGAAGCUGUCGACGUUUUUAACUAUGAUUCCUCGACUCUGGUGUCUUUUGAAACGAGCCGAGGAGCACUUUAAUUGAAAAUCGAUGUUCCUAGCAGAAUAAGUUUCAGCACAAAUACACUGCGCCAAGCAGAUGUCUUUAUAUUGAACGGAAAGAAAGCGAGAAGAGUAAUGCAAAUGCACAACGAAAAUUUCAUGAGAAUAAAAUCAAAAAAGAUUUGUCUAAAACU